UCCGUGCGGUGAUGACGCAGAGUUGUUUACGUCAGAUGAUUGUUGCUAACCAGCAGCUUCUUGUUCGGAUGUUUAUCUCUUUCCAGCUCGCAUAUCACCACCGAGAGAUGAUUGAAAUAUGCUGGGCAACUAUAGUGUCUCACAAUGGUCUCUUAUUACUAAGGGAACAGUGAUGCCAUAGUGGACGCAGGCAUUGCCUAGGGUGCUUCGUCCAGGAGGGGAGAGCGCUCCUCAGAAAUGGCAACUGAACUCCAUGAGACUAUAUUCGUGGCCAAGCAGGAGCGCCACAAAAACCUGUUCCUGAACUACAAAAACCUGAAAAAUUUUCCCGUAGAGCUGCUGAAAGAUGAAGGACUGCAGUUUCUGGAGAGAUUGUACAUGAAGAGAAACUCACUCAUGACACUGCCUGAUAAUCUUGCACAGAAGCUCCCAAAUCUCAUAGAACUGUACCUACACUCAAACAACAUAGUCAUUAUUCCCGAAGCUAUUGGUAACCUGGCACGACUGCAGUCGCUGGACCUGAGCAAUAACGCCCUCCAGAUGCUCUGCCCAGAGAUUGGCCGACUGAGGUCCCUGCGACACCUUCGGCUGUCAAACAAUCAACUUAAAUGCCUUCCCCCAGAGAUCGGCGAUCUGCAGGACCUGGAGACCCUCGACCUGGCAAUGAACCAACUCAUCUCUCUGCCGGACCGUCUACACCGCUGCCUCUCCCUGCAGAACCUCACCGUGGAUCACAACCUUCUGAGUCACGUUCCCCGCCAGCUCUGCUGGCUGCACCGCCUCAACCAGCUCUCCAUGGCAGCCAAUCGCCUAACUUUCCUACCACUCGAUCUGGGCAGAUCCCGAGAGCUGCAGUUUGUGUUUGUGGAUAACAACGUGGACCUGAAAGGCCUUCCCUCCUACUUGUACAACAAGGUCAUCGGCUGCAGCGGGUGUGGUGGAUCAUCUCAGGCUCUGGAGGGGGACACGGCCGAGGCACUGACCGAGGCCCUGGUGGGGCUGCCGGCUGAAGUCAAAGUGAUCGGCGCACAGAUGGAUAAUGUGGUUCCGCUGGAAGAGCUGGCUAUGAGGACGAUGCACCGCAUCUACCACCACCGCCCAGCAGGCCUUAACUUGCUGCCUACCAUCAUCCUGCCAAAGAGCCUGCUGGACCUGCUGCAGUUCCCUCUGGGCCACUGUCACCGCUGCAGCCAAGCCAUGUUCACCAUCAUCUAUCCCAAACUUUUCCCCCUCCGGGACACGGCGCUCGCAGGAGUCCACCGCAGAACAACUGUGAGUUUUGUGGCCUACUGCUGCUCCAGUCGCUGCCUGCGGACCUUCGACCUGCAGGGCUGACAUCAUUUCCGGCCUUUGUGAUUGGUCUGCGGCCCGUGAAGGUUGUCAGAGAAUUUCCUGUCAUGUGUCAGGCGCUGAGCAUUGGGGGGCAUCUUCUCCAGGAGCUCCGUUCUUCAUUCCAGCGAAAAGAACCACAGAAAAUCUUGCCUUUCGACUGACGGACACGCGGCUCGUCGGGUAACAUUUCAGCUCUUGGAACAAAGACUCAAAGCACUCAAGAGGUUCCUAAAUCUAACCAUCGAGGAGCAGGACAUUCUUCUGCGUGCGCGUUUAACGAGGGAUCAGUGUGCUCUUUCACUAACAGGGUUAGAUCUGAGCUAACUACAAGACCCCCACUCAUAUAUCAGCACUUUUAGAGCAAACACUUGGACUUUAGUGAAAGUCUUGAGUCAUUUUCCACUGAGGUUUCUGGUAGCAUGCACAUUUAUUUCUGCAUAGAGCCCGUUUUGAAGUAUAAUUAAAUCUGUUUUCUGAAAAAUAUUUUAAGGUUGUUAUUUAAAGUUGCGUUUGAUGUGUAAUACUGAAACGGCGAGUUUAAGGCAUUGUUCAAUUAGCCAAGAGAAGGCGGACGCUCAGGUCUCAGUGCAGGAAUUGUGUAAAAAACACUUUUAAAGUCUGAAUUACAGGGUGCAAAAUCCAAGAGCCGCUCAGAGUUUCUCUUAUGGUGAACGAGACCAAGCUAUUCCCUUUAAAUGUAGUUUCUUCACUGCUUCUUUGUUUGUAGCACAGGUUGCAGGAUUUCUUCAGACUCAGUGUUUUUUGCAUCGGGUUUUUAAAAGUUAUCUCAUAAAUGGUUAUCGUUGACCAUUUUAAGCAGUAACACAGCACAUUAUGAAUAAAAAACGUAUACGAACCAGAAACUAACACAAAAAAAAAGCAAACGUAUGCUAAUUCAUUUAUUUUUUUUAGUCCGCAUUUAAUCAAUUUCAAAUCAGUUUUCGGGGAAAACUGUGUGACUGUCUGGCUGCACUGAUGCUUGGAUGUUGUAAAGUUCCUGUUUGUUGUCUGUUUUCUUCAGUAAAUGUUGUCUGAUGUUUGAGGGAAUUUGAGUGAGUCCUUUCAUCUGAGGUGAGCAUUUACAUUUCAGCAACGUGGAGAAGCAGAAAUACAGGAGUGUGUUGCUGCUAUACAGCUGCUUCAGUACGAUUCCUUUCAUGUUCUGCUGGCCAGUUUGAUUAAAAGCUCAUUUGCCUCA